CUCCCACCAGCUGCGCGCCAUCCAGCCGGGGUCGUGGCUCUUCCAGCUGGUCAGGAAAGGCGCGAGGCUUCUCUGCAGCGACGGCGCGUCCGGCUUCUUCCAGCUGCGCAGCGCGGCCGGGGGGGUCUGUUUUUUUUUUUAUUUUUGCCCGCGCGCGCAGGUUCCAGCUGUGCAAACAGGCAAGCAGGCAGUAGCGCGCGGCGCGGCCACGAGCUUGACGCCGGCUGCACAGUCUGGGCCAGGAGGGAGAGAAGCCCGCCAAGCUGAAGGAGGGUGGCGCUGGGAGGAGGAGGAAGAAAAGACGAGGCGGCGAGGAUGAGGAGGAUGGCGAGCAGGAGUCCCCGGGCAGCCGCGCGGAGAUGCCGCAGCCGGGCUUGCGCCCUCCUGGCCGCUGCCGCUGCUGAGAUACGGGCCGUCGGCCCCAGGUGAGGGAGCUGCCUGUAACCCCACCCCCAGCCCAGUCAAAGGACUAUGCCCACGGCUCCCUACCCCCUCAGCCAUGGAGAGUCCCAUGUUUGACACUGUCCUGGAGACAACAGACGGGGUGGCCCCUGACCCCAGCUGGACCGUACCCUACCCAUUGGGCUUCCAGGUCUCACUGACAGGCUUCCUAAUGCUGGAGAUUGUGCUGGGGGUGAGCAGCAACCUGACCGUCCUGGUCCUCUAUUGCCUGCAAGCUGGUCUGGUUGACUCGGUCAGCAACAUGGUGACUAUGAACCUGCAUGUGCUGGAUGUCCUCAUUUGCGUGGUGUGUGCGCCGCUCACCAUGGUGGUCGUGCUGGUGCCUCCAGACCGUGCCGCCACCUUGCUUUGCUGCUUCCAUGAGGCUUGCAUCACCUUCAGCAGUGUGGCCACCGCCACCAACGUGCUGGUGAUCAGCCUGGACCGCUACGACAUCUCUGUGCGGCCAGCUCAGCGCGUGUUGACACCAGCCCGCGCCAUCCUCCUCCUGGCUGGUGUCUGGGUGCUGUCUUUGGCAGUCUUCUUCAUCCCUUUCCUUGAGGGUGAGUUUGGCCACGCUAACAAGUGGCAGAACCGCACAGUGCUCUGUGUUGGCCCAAAGGAGUUCCAUGCUGAACUGGGUACCUCCUACCAUUUGGCAAUCCAGAUCCCCACUUUCUUUGCUGCUGUGGCCGUCAUGCUCGUGACAUAUGCCAAGAUCCUGCAGGCCCUCAACAUCAGCAUUGGGAGCACCUUCAAGCGCAGCCAGCGCCGCAAGACCAAGAAAAGGAAACGGCGGAAAUCGGCAGAGCCCAGCUGCAGCCUAGCCAGCGGAGGAGAGGUCAAACGGCUUUCUCAGCCAGUGCCUGCCCUUCCUACGCCGCCACCUAUGGGGGUGCAGGCCUCAGUCUCUGUGAUCAUUGCACUGCGGCGAGCAGUGAAGCGUCACCGUGACCGAAGAGAGCGCCAGCGACGUGUUUUUCGCAUGUCCCUUCUCAUCAUCUCCACCUUUCUUUUGUGCUGGGCGCCACUCUCCGUUGCCAAUUUGCUCAUCCUGUGCCGAGGACCCAGCCCUUUGCUGGGCAAGCUGCGAAUAUGCUUCCUGGCCAUGGCCUAUGGCACCACCAUCUUCCACCCUCUCCUCUAUGCCUUCACCCGCCAGAAGCUGCGUAAUGUACUCCGUAGCAAGCUGAAGAAGCGGGUGGUGUCAGCCCUGCAGGUGGACCCUGCCCCUGGGGGCACAGUCAUCCACAACUCCUGGGUGGAGCCGCCACGUAAGAGCUGCAAGGGCCGCUCGCGAGGCAGCGAUGGCGCCGAGCAUUGUCUGACGGAGGCCACUAAGGAGUGAGGCACGGUUGCUGAGCCCUCAAAAUGGCUUCUGGAAGAAUUGGGGGGGACGGUGGAGUGGUAAUCGCUGCCCUCAUUCAAGCUGGUGAAUAAAGGGUGCCAAACACUAAAACGGCUGAAAAGCAAAGGGCAGGGACUGAGCCCUCAUCAAAGUCACCAGAAACUAAACUAACGGUGCUAAUCCCUCAGCUGAAGCCACUAAUGAGAAGUGAGGGUGAGCAAUGUUUUACCGAGAAGGGAGGGCCAGCCAUAAAUAUCUCAAUAAAACCCUAACCAUUUCAGUGUAGGAUGUGACACUGAUUCCUCACAAGGGUCCCCAGUGCAUAAGGCCUUCCUGUAGCCAAUGCUGAAACC